AUGCUCAGCUUGAAAGAAGGUUGGUCAAGGCAGUUUGAGUUUACUGCUCAAGGUAGCAUUGCAGUGCCCCAGAUGGAGAAAGAUCGUCCUGAUUCCAAUUUCCACCUGAAGAACCUGAUAACGAGCACCUUUGACUUGUUUAUUGCUGGAUCUGAGACAACUAGCACCACCAUACGAUAUGGGCUUCUGCUGCUUCUCAAACAUCCAAAGAUACAAGAGAAAGUUCAAGAAGAGAUUGACCAGGUAAUAGGACGAUCAAGAAAACCGUGUGUGGCUGAUCGGACCCAGAUGCCCUACACGGAUGCGGUGGUCCAUGAAAUCCAGCGCUUCAUCUCUCUUAUCCCCCUGGCUCUCCCUCACACUGUGACCAAAGACACCUCCUUCAGAGAGUACAUCAUUCCUAAGGUUAGUGGGCAAGCUCCCUUAAGUUCAGCACGAGGUGGCAGCACAUUUGCCCUUAGGCUGUUACAGCCAGAAGCCAGAACUGUUGUGAGUUUGGCACGAAUGGAGAUAUUCUUACUCAUAGCCACCAUCUUGCAGAACUUUACCUUGAAGUCUGUUGUCGACCCCCAGGAGCUCAGCAUAACCCCAACACUGAGUGGGACAGGCAACGUACCUCCUGCCUACCAGCUCUGUGCUCUCCCCCGCUGAAAAGCACUAAACCACUCUCUACAGCAUCCUCAGCCUGGCUAUUCCUUUACAUCUCCUUUACUGAAACCAACAGCAGGAGCAUUGGCCCACCUUUCCUAGGUUCCAGGAAGGCAGUCCAAACAUAGAUAUAUGCACAGAGUAGACAGCUUUGAAGCCUCCCAGAACUCCACCCCAUCACAGGAGGCUCUGGGUGACAUUGCAGCCCCUUGCACUGACACUCUGUCAUGGGAUCAUUGAGCACAGUGGCUGCAUCAAUCAGCUGCUUUUCUCACAAACACAGAUCCCAUGGCUGCUCCUGCAGCCCAUGUCCCACCAAGACCAUGCUUUGCAGAUGGAUAGCGCUGCAUGUGUGUACAUUAACAAGCCAAUAAAAAAAAAUCUAAUUAUGA